AUUUAUGUUGUUUGAAAUUGAAUGUGCCUAAAUGUAAAGAUUUGCAAAUUAAUUUUAUUAAAACGGUGAUUUUGUUUGUUUUAAUUUGAUUUUUUGAAAGUGUUUGUGCCUUUUGUGUUAUAUUAAUUUUGUGAUCAAUUGAAGUUUGAUCGUUAAUUCCGAUUGGAAAGGAAAUUGUUCACGAUUAAUCGAAUUUGGUCGUUGCGCCGGCGCAUAAGAUGCGCUCGAUCCUGGCGUACUACGCGGACGUGAUGUCGGCGGCGGCGCGCGGAGCUGGCUGCGCGCUCGGCUGCAGCGGUCGCGGCGACUGCAUGAACGGUACCUGCCUAUGCGAGAUACGGUACGCUGGUGAUGAGUGCGCCGGACCCAACCUUCCUUACCACGCAUGUAUUGGCGGUGUGUUUCUAUUGGUGGCAUUCAUCUGUGCGGUGCAGUUGACGAUAUGCGUGGUGACGGAGUACCGCAGGUUGAAGGCGCCUACCUUUCUCCGCGCCUGUAAGGUCACUACUCAGAAGAUGCUUUACCUCGUCGCAUUCUUAGCGUCCCUCAUACGCGGCGCUUACUUUGUUUCACCGUCAGCGUUCCAAGAGGGUUGGGCGACGAGUCUUCUGUCAGCCUACUAUCCUCUCCUCAUGUCCGGAUCCUCGCUUAUUGUCUGCUUCUGGGCUGAGGUGUUCCAUCUUCGUGACAUCCGCUGGGAGCGGCCUCGGUUCCUCUCAAAGUCUUUCCUCGCUUUCGUCACCUUCAAUGUCAUCAGCUACUCGCUUCUAGCUGCGGAAGUACUUACCACUAAUAUAGCUAAUACAACUGCUGAGAAGAAGAAUUUCUACCAGCACGUCUUCAACGGUUGCUACGCCGUGCUUCUUUUCAUCGUCGUCAUAUUUUUCCUCAUUUAUGGUGUUGAAGUUUACUUUAAGCUCCGUGGCGAGUUCCUGAAGGAGACAAAAGUAUGUACGAUCAUCUCUCCCAGACCUGGACCGUCUAGUGCUGACGAUGACGACGUGCAGGAUACGCUCGUCACCAAACAAGGCAUACAGACGGACCUGGCGGAUCGCGACGGGUCCGUGGACCUGCGCUCGGUGGACUUGUCGCAGCUUCACCAAUCGCGCUUGGGCCUCGUUAGCCAGGCGCUCAUGUUAAUACUGAUUGCUGGCUUCCUAGCCUCGGAGACUCUUAGCGAGUUCUGGAAGACCAAAGUGCCGGUGGUGUCACGGAACUGGCACGACGUGGUGUUCCGGCUGGCGGAGAUCGGAGUCGCGCUAUGGUUCCCCUGCGUGUUGUGGAACUCGAUGGCUCCGGAGCGGCUGUGGCUGCUCAACCCGCGCCGCCUGCUCGCCAGGCAGCUCGAUGACGCCCGACUUGCGGACCUUCUCGCUCAUCAUCAUGACGCCAAGAAUGUGGAGACAGAUUCCCUUGUGGGCAGUGUGGGAUCAGCUCGUGACUGCUGGAUCUGCUACGACGGGUCUCGCAAUGAGCCUCUCAUCCGGCCCUGUCGCUGUACGGGCGAUGUGUCCGCUGUACACCACGACUGUCUGCGUCGGUGGCUCAUUGAGAGUGCAACCACACCGGACGGCUUGAAGUGUAAAGUGUGUAACACGCCUUAUAUUGUACAAAAGACAAACAGAGUGGAGUGGGAGCGCGGGUUCACUUGUGCGCACUGGACACAAACUGCGCUGGCUGUGGCGAGCGUGUGCGGCGCCGGCGCAGUCGCCUGGCUACUGAUACAGCUCUACCCAUCUCCCGUAGUGCGUGUGCUCUGCGCCGGCGCAGCACUACUCGUCUGCUACGUCGCUAUCAGAUACUUAAGCACGAACACGGUGAUAGCGUACCAACGUGCCAAAGUAUCCUCCCUCAGGAUAGUAACAGAACCUCUCGCUGAGUCUCAAGUCAACGACCAGACUCAACUCUGCACCAUCAGUAAAACGGUUACAGUCGAAAUAGCAUCAAAAGCAGUACUCGAGCAAGCGCUUAAAGGUGACGUUAAAAACUAACGCUAUAACGUUAUAGCAGUGAUAUUUGUGAACAAUGUGUGUGUACAACAGUGAAAAACGUUACAAAAAUUAAUCCGAGUGAAAUCUUACGAAAUUACGAAUAAACUUUAUGCCUAACAUAUCAGGCUAACGGCCUACAACUUAAUAACGUUAUUUUUGUUUAUCGUUAUAACGUUAUUAUCGUGAUUAAAAUUAUAACGCCAUAACCGUUAUAACGCUAUAACCGUUAUAUCGUUUAACGUUAUCAAUGGACGUUAUUUGUGUAAGCUGCCAGUGUUAUGGCAAUGUAUUAAGACUAAAAAAAUAUAAAAUUUGAAAAAAGAAUACUGAAUGUUGCCAAACAAAAUUACGUGUUUAGUACAAAGGAAGGUGAUUUCUUAUUAUUAAAG